CCAGGAUCUCAUGAGCAAUAUUGUUGGGCUGUGUUGGAUAGCAACCGUUUCACAGUAUUUCAGUAAACUAGUACUUUAUUGUGUCGUUUAAGAAUAUCAGUUAACAUGGCAGAUCCAAGAAUACGACAGAUUAAAAUCAAGACUGGCGUUGUUAAGCGGCUGGUGAAGGAGAAGGUCAUGUACGUCAAGGAGACCAGGCAGCAGGAGGAGAAGAUUGAACGACUGAAAGCAGAGGCCUGCGACGAAGAGGCCGACUCAGAGGCCAAGUAUGUCAUCAAGAAACAGUUGGAGGUGCUACAGGAGUCCAAGAUGAUGAUUCCAGACUGUCACAGGCGUCUGACCAUAGCACACGCAGACCUGUCCCAGAUACUAGAAACGGAAGAGGACUUGGCUGAAGCAGAGGAGUACAAAGAGGCUAGGACCGUAUUGGAUUCAGUGAAGCUUGAAGGAUGAUGUUCUCACUCUAAUGCGUCGCUUAGAUGUCCAUUCCGUUCGUCUGGGCUUGUUUGGAAUCAUAGACAAACAGAAUCGUUCAGCACUCUUUUUCUUGCUCUUUUUUUUAUUUUUAUGUAUUUCUACCGUUUGAGAACAACGUGUCGUCUGAUCUUGACAUCCUCCUGAUCUUGACAUUCUUCUCUGGAGUGCACACUCUCACACAAGCAUCAAUUGAACACUUCUUUCUGUUCUUACCAUAGGGGUUUGCUCGGCUUCUACCAUACAGCUGCAAAUUAAGCCUAAUUGUCUUGUUUAUCUCGUAUUCAAGCUAUUGUACUUUAGCGUCUUGCAUCAAGUGAUUUAGAAGUGUUCCUCAAUUUGUUGAUUUGAGCAUAGAUUGUUCUUUAUGAUAACUGAUACAAUAUUUAGUAUGUAUGUAUUCUCUCAUAACAAGCAAGAUGUCAACAGUGAACAUAAUUAAAAAACCAAAGAACCUAA